UGUAGUCAGGUUUACUGAUUCCGUAUAUAUUGCUGCGAAAGAGAUAUUUGCUUUUUGGGUAUUGUUGUUAUCUAAACUUCCUUGUCGUUUCAGCUUUCCUCUUUUUAAGCAACAAAAAGUUAUAUGAGUUUGUUGAAGAUGGGUGGAGAUUUGAUGGAAGAUGAUUGGGAAUUUGCUUCAUCGUCAAACCCUACUCGAACCCUAGUUCUUGUGGGCCGUACUGGAAACGGUAAGAGCGCAACAGGGAACAGUAUACUUGGGAAGAAAGCCUUUAGGUCAAGAGUAAGUACUCUAGGAGUGACGACCACAUGCGAGUCACAUAGAGUUGAACAAGAAGAUGGCCAGGUCAUCAAUGUCGUUGAUACUCCUGGUCUGUUUGAUGUGUCGAUGGCGGCUGCUUUUAUCUGUAAAGAAAUUGUGAGAUGCAUGACUUUGGCUGAAGAUGGGAUCCAUGCUGUUCUGUUGGUGUUCUCUGUGAGGGGACGUCUUUCUGAAGAGGAGAAGUCUGCUCUCUAUCACUUGCAAACUCUGUUUGGUAGUAAGAUCGCUGAUUAUAUGAUCAUUGUGUUCACUGGUGGUGAUGAGCUGGAAGAGAAUGAAGAGACUUUGGAGGAGUAUUUGGCUCAAGCUUGCCCUGAGUUUCUGAAAGAGAUGCUUGAGCUAUGUGACAAUCGAAUGGUACUGUUUGAUAACAAGACCAAGGAUAAGCGCAAGAAAGCUGCGCAAGUUCAGAAGCUUCUCUCACAUGUUGAUUCCAUCUCUAGAAAGAACAAUGGAAAACCGUUUACAGAUGAAUUGUUCCAUGAACUUCAGGGAGAGGCUAUGAAGCUACGUGACCAGAAGAAGGAGGUUGAAUCGCUCAAGGGCUAUUCAAAGGAUGAGAUAUCUGAGUUCAAGAAGCAAAUAGAGAUAUCGUAUGAUCGACAGCUUAGCCGCAUCACAGAGAUGGUGGAGACAAAGCUGAGAGAAACGGCAAAGAGGCUGGAGAAGCAGCUAGGUGAAGAACAAGCAGCAAGACUUGAAGCUGAGAAGAGGGCAAAUGAGGCUCAGAAACGGUCGAGCGAUGAGAUCAAGAAGCUGAGAGAGAAUCUGGAGAAAGCAGAGAAAGAAACAAAGGAACUCCAGAAAAAACUUGGAAAGUGCAUCAAUCUGUGAUUGAGAUAUCUCUACUUCUUUGAAGUCUCUGACAAGGGCUUCACUUAUAUAUGGUUUUAUCAUGAAACACUAGGUGUGUUGUAACUAAAGACGCAUUUGCAUGUGAACGAAUUUGAGUUUUGAGUUUGGUUUUUAUUUUCCUUGGUUCAA